AUGGCAGACAACCAAGCAGAGAAUGGCCUAAACAAACCACCCAUCCUCCGCCACUAUGGAGACAUCAAAUUAGGAGGAGAAGGAGGAGAAGGAAGGGGAGGAGGAGGAGGAGGAGGGGGAGGAGGAGCAGGAGGGAUGGCCUGGCGUUCACUGUGGAAUGGAAUGCCUCAAAUACCAGAGAUGAACAAGGACCAGGAACCACCACAGCAGAAACUACCCUACAGGAUCAACGAUGGCUCCUCCUUCAUAUAA